AAAAUGAGUUUGCUCGGGAAUCAACAGCCAAGUCGAAAGUUUCUUAGUAAAUGGAUUUUUUUUGCUAUUUUAUUCUAAGCAUCGUGGUGCUAUUUUCUUCGUCAUCAGUAUUAGCCGAAAAAACGGUUGAAAAAUGUCAAUUCAAAGAUACCGUAGAUCUAAGCGAUCUAUUGCCUUUGGACAAUGGAUCUUAUAUAUAUCACAAUGUCACCAUACCCAAGACUAAAGUUGCCACCUACAAUUAUACCUUGGGAUUUGGCUAUGUAAGACACCAGGCUAAAUCGCAUUUACGCGGCUGUGUAUGUGGUAUUUCUCAAAAAUGUGUUAAACUGUGCUGCAAACAUGGACAAUAUUACAAUGAAGAAACUUUUGAGUGCGAAAAAGUGCCCCUGCAUCUGAAUAAGCCCGAAGAUAUAGACAUCGCAAUGGAGGGUGGUGGCAAUAUCAAAAAUGUGAAUAUAUUCAAAUAUUUUGUGCCGCAAGUGGGAAAACCAUGUAAAUAUUUAGAGAGCCUUACAAUGGAAGACGACAUUUGGGAACUGCAAGAGAACGGGGAAAUACGUGUUGAUAUUUCUGGAAGGCAUGAAUAUCUGGAUACACUAAACUAUUGCUUGUCACCCUAUCGCUAUGAGGGUAGCAAUGUGAAUGUUCUCGUACCCCUGGUAUGUCCUGAAAAAUAUGAAGAAUCUAUUGGUUUUACUGCAACUAAUUAUGCUAUGGCAAUAUCGGUUUUAUUUUUAAUCCCAGUUGUGCUGAUAUACCUUUCAGUGCAGGAGUUGAGAGAAAAUAUGCAAGGCAAGAUAAUGAUUUGCUAUUUAGUGGCACUGAUGGGUGGUUAUUCAAUACUAAGUAUCAUAAAUAUAUCGGAGUUGGUAUUUUCACCUGUAGAAUGUGCGUUCCUUGGAUUUUCGGCAUAUUUCUGUCUUAUUGGAAGCUUUCUGUGGCUUGGGGUUCUUUAUUUUGAUAUAUGGAGAAAUAGCUACGACUUUGCUGAGAAAAUUUUAAGAAAGCGUUUCAUUAUCUACUCAUUAUAUGCCUGGGGCAUUGCAGCCCUUCUCACUGGACUAACAAUGUGGGCUCAAUGGACGAAAAUAGUACCUAAAAUUUAUAAACCUGGAGUUGGCUAUAAUUUUUGCUGGAUAGAUACAUUCAAAUGGGCUGCGACCAUAUAUUAUUAUGGACCAUAUGCUGCAAUUACAAUUUGGAACUUUGCCACCUUAUUAUUGUUAUGUUUGCGACGAAAACAAAGCGAAACGUCUGGUCUGGCAGUUCCCAUAUUAUUUUUCACUUUGGGCUUUCUUUGGACUCUGGAUAUUGUAUCGUAUUGCCUACGUGACUUACACUAUGCUGAUAAUCUGUUCAUGGUAACCGAUGUUUGUUUUGCCCUUCAAGGAGUUUGGAUGUUUAUGAUUCUAGUGUUAAGACCGCGUAUACUUGCAGCCAUAAAGAAAAGGUAAUGUUGUUAUGGCCACGUACAUGCGCUAACUUGGGUCUUCAGGCUGCUCUUCGGCCUCAGGGAGAUCCUCAACCCACCCAAAACUAGCCUAUGGCCUGAUAUCAUUCUUUUAUAAUGAACACACACACAACUUAACAACACAAACACUUACGAAAUAUACGGGGAUACACUUUGGGAUUCGGGUCCUUUGGUGUUCCAGACUCAUCCAUGGUCCAUAUGAUCCUUGCAUCACUUGGUAUGGACCCCACUAUCUCCCUCUACCACUUACUUCUCUCUUUCCCCUCCCAAACUUAAAAAAAACUCACUCUAUUUCAAUUCUGAUAAUACAGUACAUAAAACAUAUUUUUUUAUUUAUACAAUAAAAAAACAAAAACACAAAA